AUGGAGCCGCUGCUGCAGCAGGUGGAGCGUUUCUCCGAAGUGCUGGCUGUGUCGGGCAGCGUCCACGUCCGCUCGUGGGACCCUCCAACGGUGUGCAGGGCCCUGCAGUGGGCCCGCUACCUGCGCCACGUGUCCCGGCGCUUCGGCGACCACGGCCGCAUCCGCGAGGCGCUGGAGCGGCGUCUGCACGGUCUCGCGCGGCGGCAGCGCCACGGGGCACUUCCGGUUCCGGCGCUGACGAGCCUGGAGGCGCUGGGGCGCUGCGACGUGCGGCUGGCGCUGCGCCUGCUGCGGAACCGCGCGCUGGGCCCCGCCGCCUGCCACGCGCUGCUACGCCAGCUCCUCCCGGGCGCGGGCGCGGGCGCGGGCGCGGACCAAGACGAGGACGGCCCCCGGCAGCGUCUGGCGCUCCUGGCCCGCCGGGGCUGCGCGCUGCACCUGCUGCGGCUGGGCGGGGGCGCGCCUGGGCACGCGGACGCGCACGCCGACGGGCACGCGGACGCGCCGCUGCGCACGCAGGCCGAGCUGCUGCUGCGCCGCGUGCGGGAGGCGCGCCGCGCUCAGCCCGAGGCCCCCGCGCGGCUGCUCGGCCGCCUGUGGGAGCGCGGGCCCCGCGUCCGGCUCCUCUCCGUGGCCGCCGCGGCGCUGCUGCAGCCCGGCGCGGACGAGAGCGUGGCGCUCGUGUCCUGGCUGCUGGCGCGAGCCGAGCUCACGGCCGCCUUCUGUCGCCUGCCGGCCGACCUGCUGACCGCCGUGAGCGGCCGCCACCCCGCGCUCGCGCGGGCCUACCUGGGCCAGCUGGGCGCCUGGGGCCGGCAGCUGCACUACGACCUGCCGCGGGGCGCGUGGGUCGCGGCCGAGCCCCGGCACGUGCCCUGGGCGGAGCUGCGCCGCCGGUUCGAGAGCCUCUGCGGGGCCCCUGCGCCCCUGAAGGACGCGGCGCUCGCGGCCCUGCGGGCGUGCAAGGCGCAGGACGGGGGCUUCGAGGUCCCGGGCGUCAGCGUCUGGACAGACCUGCUAGCCCUGCUCAGCGCGUGACUCGGGAGGGGCGAGCUUCGGGGCUCUCCCCAGCCCAGCUUCCGACGGGCGCUUUACGAAGUGGAAGUGUUCUCGCACCAAAGCCGUGCAAAAUGUGUCCCCAGCGUGAUUGUUUUAGACGACGAUUUUAAGUGACUAGUUACCGUACAAGCAUAAAUGUGCAGAGCACUGAGCUGGUUGUGCCUUGAAUUUAAGGAAGCGCAUACUGGAAACAGUUUUCCACUGCUGGGGAUGGAAGGAACCCAGGCCCUUGCACGUGGUGGGCAAGCUUUCUACCACUAAGCUAUGUACCUGUUCUAGUAGUAGUUAUAAACCCAUGGUAUUUCCAUUUGGCUUUUUUUUUUCAGGCUACUUUCAAAAAUACUGUAAAGAAUAUUCUGAAGAAAGAGCGGCCCUAAAAUUUCAACCCGCCCCCAUUGUAUCAAUAUGAUUUCUUCCUUUAUAUCUUACUCUUCUUGCACUAAUGAAAAGUGGUUUUUUGGUUUUUGGGGGUUUUUUUUGAACAGCACCAUGUGACAUCAGAAGUGUUACCUUGAAAUCCUAACUGGACUUAACCUCUUUUAACCUACUGUUCUAGAGAGCUACCUUAACAUGUAUUAAAAUUGUGUUAUAUAGAAAAUUGUUACUUCUGCAAAUUACUUCCUUCUGAAAGUGAAAAAGAAAACCAUAGUAUAUUAGAGUGCCUUGUGUACACAAAAUUGGUGACUUAAUACAUGCAAAUCUAUCCCUUUGGUUUAUAUAGUAGAGAACCAAAAAUUCAGGUGCUGCUUCUGCUAUUAACUGGAGUAAUAAAUAACUUGGUGCUUCCAUCCAUGUGAAAUGAAGUGUUUGAAGUAGUUCCAUUUUCUUACUUUUCCCUUAAUGGUUGCCUUAUGGGGACAGAUAGUAUUGUUUGUUUUGUGUGGAGGAAACCAAUGUUAAGUCUACUGUAAUGUUCCUUGGCUGGCAGAGUGAUUCCCGGUAAUCAAUUGUAAGAAUAAAUCCUUUAUUACUGUAUGCUACUUACCAAUGGUCAAGAUGCAUUACUCUGUAGCCAGGUUAAGUGAUAACAAGAGUUUCAGGAAAUGCUGAUAUUCAGAAGGUUAAUUUCUCAUUCCAGAAAAGGGAACACAGCUAAAAGUUAUGUAACCUCACAAAUUUUAUUGUGUGGUAGGACGUUAGAAUUAACUACUAUUCUAGCAAGUGUGCUUUCUGAGGCCAUCUCUGACAAGUAGUAUCAAAGUUUAAAUCCUAUUAGUGCUAGAAAAUUUCUUUUGCCAGCAUGUAAAACCAUGUAACCCAUGUAAAACACCUCAAUUGUACUUGUCACUAGUAAUAAGACAGUUUCCUCUAUCAGGCAUGUAAGAGUUAAGUAAGCUGUAAUUUGGGCAAUUAACAAUUUGUGAACUUACUUUCUUACAGUUUACUUUAUACAUAUAGUGAUACUGACUUAGGAAGAUAACAAAAAUUGAUGAAACUUUAAAAAAUCUAAUUUUGUAAUUACCCUUUAAUCUUGUAUUUUAGUCUCCAUGAAAAUUUAUUAUGAACAUAGACUUACUUAAUCUUAUUUAUUCUGUGCUCCAGGACUGUAUUAUGAAUAAACUGAAGGAGAUUGAAGUGUAUGGGAAGGAUACACACAAAUGUAACAUGAGAACAGAAGCCAUAUUUAUCAUUGCUUCAUUUCCAAGAAUUUGACAAUGUGGUGUAUAUACACAGGUGCUUGCAUAAAUGACACUAACAUUAGAACUUUAAUCAGUUAUUUCUCUUGUUUAAGACAAUGUUAAGAAGUUGUGAAGAUGCUAGUGACCAUAAUCCUUUAUAUCCCUCUAUAACUCCAUAUGUAGGAUGCAAAAAAUUGAGAAGGACUAAAUGAACAUAUUUGAUAACCUUAUAAUAAACUCUGGACAUACUU